GGCAGUAUCCCUCCAGUCAGAGUGAACUGCAGGCAGAACUGGCGGAUGAGCACACUUUCAUGAAUGAAUGAGCGGUUUCAGCACAGGAAUUCCCCGGAGACAACUGAAGAGGCCAGAGGCUGUCUCAGAAAUAUAACCAUCGCCUGGAUAUUAAACGCACCAUCUCUUCUCGCAGCACGAGAAAAGAGGUCCACGCGAAAGGAUAGCAUCUCGAAAUAUGAAACACCGCCAUAGAGAGAGUGGUUUCAUUGGUCAAUGUGAAUUAAGCUUCGCAGCGACUUUGUGGGACCUACUCUGCGCAGUAUGGCUUUGUUUCUGUCAUUGCAAAAUACUUCACGUACUCACCAUGUCUCACGGUCUUAAAGUUCAGGGAGUUGUGCUCUUAUUAGAAUGGCUACCUUUUGCUUGCACUUAAGGGAUGGCAAGUUUUCAUCACCCGCACCUGGACUUUCGGAGACUUCUACAGAAACUACUGGUCAUGUUCUCCAUUGGAAUCGUUUGCGUUUCUCUAUUUUACUUUCUUGCUGGCUGCUGUGAGUCUGAGGUGGUGGAAGAAGCUGACAUGAGGCAUUACAGUCACCUGUCCUUAGCGGGAUGGCAUCACGAAAAGAAUGGAUCACUUGACACGAACUUCAUAACCGUCCCAAACUUGGUAGCGGGGUCCCCUAGUGCUGAAGAAUCAAAUGCGCCAGGGUGGGAAGCGAAUGGUUUAGGGAAAGAUUGGACAGCGGUUCGGAGAUUGCCUCAAGCUCUUAUCAUAGGAGUUAAAAAAGGUGGAACACGAGCUCUGCUAGAAUUUCUGAGACUGCACCCUGAUAUCAGAGCUUUGGGGUCAGAGCCUCAUUUCUUCGACAGACAUUAUUCACGCGGGCUAAACUGGUACAGGAGCAUAAUGCCAAAGGCCUUGGAUGGACAGAUAGUUAUGGAAAAGACGCCUAGGUACUUCGUCACAGCUGAGACACCAGCUCGCAUUCACGCCAUGUCCAAGGAGAUCAAGCUGAUUGUGGUGGUCCGAGAUCCAAUUACCAGGGCCAUCUCAGACUACACUCAGAUUAUAUCCAAGACUCCCAACAUCCCCAGUUUUGAGAACCUUACCUUUAAGAACAGGACUACAGGGCAGAUAAACUCUCUCUGGAGCCCCAUCUGGAUAGGGAUGUAUGCUCAGCACCUGGAAAGGUGGCUGACCUACUUCCCACUGUCCCAGAUCCACUUUGUCCAUGGGGAGAGGUUGAUCAGCGAUCCAGCUGGAGAGCUGGGCCGAGUGCAGGACUUCCUUGGCCUGCAGAGGAUCAUAACCGACAAGCACUUCUACUUCAAUAAGACCAAAGGCUUCCCCUGCCUGAAGAAGCCAGAAGGAAGCAGCAAACCACAUUGCCUGGGAAAGACAAAAGGCAGGACACACCCUAAAAUUGACCCAGAGGUUAUUCGGAGGCUCCGGGACUUUUACCACCCCCAUAACCAGAAGUUCUAUCAAAUGGCUGGGCAGGAUUUUGGCUGGCACUGAAGUGACUCUGUUUUAUGAAAGAUGAAACACAUUUACUUUUCUCUCCUUCAAGAACAUCUCUUUAUAGAUAUUGUUCUCUUUGAGUUUGGUUAUCCUUUGGAACAAACUGGAAUAUGCUCAAUGCGCGAGGAUGAUGAUGCAAACAAGGUUUUUUUUUUCAACAAAAAACAUGACUAAACUCACAUUAUUAUCACUUUGGGACUUAAUGAAGUAGUGAAAACUUGGGGAAGCCUGAUAAACCAGGAAUAUUUACAAAAUAUGCACACAUUUUUUGCUGUAAAAAAAAAAAAGAAAAAAUACUAAUUUAACAAAUAUCCCAAUAAUUCUUCUGUUAUGGAAGUGAAUUGUGCACUGAGAGAUAUAGUAAGGUUUGAUGUAGGAAUUCUGGUGCUGGCACCAAAGCUGUUGAGACAUCAUUAACAAAUUGUGUACCUGUCCAAUGGAUUGCUCAGCUCCUGUCCCAUUGUGUGUGACAUUGUGUGGAGCAAGGUAUUUGCUCUGAUCACCCAAUUUUCUGCAGAAAUAACUUGCGCUAUUGAAAUGUUAAAAAAGUAUCUGUCCCAUAGGAGGGGCCUUUUUGCUUCUCUUGUCCAUUGUGUGUGACAAUAUGAGCAAGGUCCUUCUCCUGUGUUUCUGCAGAAAUUACUGUUACAGCCCCCAAAGUGAUGUUGAGGCUGAGUCUAUAGAGGUGUUGUAUAUCAGACAAAUACAUGUUUUUCCCUCCUGCAACUCAUGUAUAAAUAGAAAGCAAUGGCAGUUCACCAUUUUAUAUAUCAUUUAGCAAUUUAAUGCCUUAGAUAUUUCCUACCCAUUGCAUUAUUUUGUUUUGGUCAGCAUCUGUUCAGCAGUAUUGGAAUAAUCACUGUAAAUCAGCCAAAGAAAAAAUAAACAUAAUAGGGUAUGUCUUGUCUGCUGCUUUCCAAAAUAUCACUCGGUCAGGUCAACUCAAGUGCAGAAUUCAGAUUUGCAUUCAGAGGUUAUUUAGAAUUAAAUGCAUAAAAUAAUUAAUAUUGUUGCAGUAUAACACAAAUAAAAUAAAUAUAUGCAUAAAUAUUUUUGGAAGCUUUAGAAUUGCUGCUGAAUUUGCUCUAUUUAAAAUGGCAUGCCUUUAUUUCAGAUGAGAAGAGCACACAGCUUUAUAAUUUGUUCCUCUCCUGAAUGUUAAGCUACCUGGAAUUAAACACCCCUGCACUUUGAGUCUGCCAUGGCCUAUUUUUCUGGUUAACUGCAUUAACCUGCAUUCCCAGCCUGUUUUAACCUGUCUGUCACUCAGCUCAUACCAUCAGUUAAGCUGGUCUUACUGCAAUGGCGCCACUGUUUUGAUUUUAGGAUAGUCUGCUUUUUUAUGGCAGUACAAGAACUUUAGAUACACUACAUGGCCAAAAGUAUGUGGACACCUGAACAUCACACCCAUAUGUGCUUGUUGAACCCGCUUUGCUGCUAGAACAGUCUCCACGUUCCUGGGAAGGAUUCCCACCUGAUUUUGGAACAUGGCUGCGGGGAUUUGCUUCCAUUCAGCCGCAAGAGCAUUAGUGAGGUCGGACACUGAUAUCUGCCGAUAAGGCCUGGCUCCUAGUGGGCGUUCAAGUUCAUCCUAAAGGUGUUUGAUGGGGUUGAGUUCAGGUCUCUGUGCAGGCCAGUCAAGUUCUUCCAUACCAAACUUGUCAAACCAUUUCUUUAUGGACCUUGCUUGGCACACGGGGGCAUUGUCAUACUGAAACAGGAAAAUACCUUCCUCAAACUGUAGCCACAAAGGUGGAAGUACACAAUUCUCUAGAAUGUCAUUGUAUGCUGUAGCAUUAAGCUUUCCCUUCACUGGAACUAAGCAUCCUCGCCCAAACCUUGAAAAAGCUCUGGACCAUUAUUCCGCCUUCACCAAACUUUAGAGUUGGCACUAUGCAUUCGACCAGGUAGUGUUCUCCUGGCAUUCGCCAAACCCAGAUUCGUCCGUCAGACUGCCAGAUAGAGAAGCGUAAUUCAUCAAACCAGAGAACACAUUUCUACUGCUCCAGUGUCCAAAGGCAGUGCGCUUUACAUCACUCCAGCCGACCCUUGACAUUGUGCAUGGUAAUCUUAGGCUUGCGUAUGGCUGCUUGGCCAUGGAAGCUCAUUUCAUGAAACUCCUGGCAAACAGCUCUUUGCUAACAUUGCUUGUAGAGGCAGUCUGAAACUCUGUAGUGCGUGUUGCAACUGAGGACAGAUGAUUUUUACAUAUUACACGCUUCAGCACUCUGUGGUCCCAUUCUGUGAGCUUGUGUGGCCUACCGAUUCGCGACUGAGCUGUUCUUGCUCCUAGACAUUUUCACUUAACAAUAACAGCACUUACAGUUCACAGAGGUAGCUCUAGCAGGGCAGAAAUUUGACAAACUGACUUGUUGGAAAGGUGGCACCCUAUGACAGCGCCACAUUAAAAAUCACUGAGGUCUUCAGCACGACUCAUUCUACUGUCACUGUUUGUCUAUGGAGAUUGCAUGGUUGUAUGCUUGAAUUUAUGUUAGCAAUAGGUGUGGCUGAAGUAGCCGGACACACUUAUUUGAAGGGGUGUCCACAUAGUUUUGGCCAUGUAGUGUGCUGCAAAAUAGUAUAUCUUGAGGGAGCAUCAUGUUCAAAGCCACAAAUAUUGUGGAAAUUAAAAUGGUAUUUUACUGUUAUGUUACAGUAGCGAGUUAACAGAAAUACAAAUAAGGACAGUGAAAUUAAGGAGGGUUUUGGCGAGAGAGAGAUCGUGAUUGUGUGUGUGUGAACGUUUCUUUUAUGUAGGUUCUAAAUCAGUCAUUUAUAAAGUGUCAUCAGAGCUAAAAACUCGAUAAUUUCAUGUCACGGAUCGUGAAAUUUCCUUUUUUUUAUUGACCACUAUACAUCACUUUCAAAACCAGCCGUAGAUGGGAUAAUUAAGUACCAGUUAUGCUCCAAACUCUACCAUUAAACAGUCCAUUAAACAGAAUAAUACCAAGUACUUGACGU